CUAACAAACCUUUCAUUAAAUUUCUUCUUGCCAAAAACAAGAAAUUAACUCUCUAGCUUGUUCAUCAUUGUGAUUAAUUUUUUUCAGAUAUAUAAUGGUGAGAGGAAAAACUGAGAUGAGGCGUAUCGAAAACGCGACAAGCAGGCAAGUCACUUUCUCAAAGAGAAGAUAUGGAUUGUUAAAAAAAGCCUUUGAGCUUUCUGUUCUUUGUGAUGCUCAAGUUGGAUUAGUUAUUUUUUCUCCUAGAGACAAACUUUAUGAAUUUUCAACCUCAAGCAUGCAGGAGAUUAUCGAGCGUUAUCAGAGGCAUACUAAAGAUAUUCAGUGUGAAAAUCCAGCCAUGGAACAGAAUAAUAUGCACAAUUUGAAGCAUGAUACAUCAAGUUUGAUGAAGAAGAUUGAACUUCUUGAAAAAUCUAAAAGGAAGCUCUUGGGAGAAAGUUUAGAAUCUUGUAGUCUUGAAGAACUUCAACAAAUGGAACAUCAGUUGGAAUGGAGUAUCAAUAUCAUCCGCGCAAGAAAGAUGGAAGUCUUUAGGGAACAAAUUGAGAGAUUGAAAGAAAAUGUGAAAGACCUUGCAUCUGAAAAUGUUAUGUUGUUAGAGAAGUGUGGAGGUUUUGAAAUGCAACAAACAUCAGGUGGUGAAGACGUUUCUAUAGUGAUCAGUAGCGAAAAAUCGGAUGUAGAGACGGAAUUACUUAUUGGAUUACCAAUGUCCCUAAAUUGAUUUUUUCAAAUUAACCAAUGCCUAAUUUUGAUUAUGUCGUGAAGCUGACUAAACCAAUGCCUCACUUUGGUUAUGUCGUGAAGCUGACUGAAUCUUAUUCAUAAACCCGGAAAUAAAACGUUGUUUUUUUCCCCUUU